AUCUUCUCCUUCAAUCUAGCCAAAAAAGCCAAACUACCCUCUCUGUGUCUCUUUCUCUCACUAAAAUUAUCCCUCUCUAAAAUCUAAACCAACAUCUUUCUUCAACCUUCAGACGCGGGAGAAGACCCUGUGAAUUUAGCCACACUCAUCCUCUGAAUCUCUUUCACACACUCUCUCUCUAUCCACAUUUCACUUUCAGUCACUCACUAACUCCACCAACACCAAACGCCAUUUAUCUCUCUCCUUCAUCACUCCCUCUAUCCUAUGCCCUAAUUCCACACCAAAUCCACCAGAUCUGAGCCCGCCCGCACCAGAUCACGCCCCUAGCGAACCCUAACCUUGCUCCGAUGGAGGAAGCUCUGGAGCUCGCACGUGCCAAGGACACGAAGGAGCGCAUGGCGGGAGUGGAGCGCCUGCAUCAGCUUCUGGAAGCGUCGAGAAAGAGCCUGAGUUCGUCGGAGGUGACGUCGCUUGUCGACUGCUGCAUGGAUCUUCUCAAGGACAAUAAUUUCAGAGUCUCUCAGGGCGCUCUGCAAGCCCUAGCCUCCGCUGCUGUGCUCUCCGGCGACCACCUCAAGCUCCACUUUAAUGCGCUUGUUCCCGCCGUCGUCGAGCGUUUGGGCGAUGGAAAACAGCCUGUUCGCGACGCCGCUCGGAGACUCCUGCUUACUCUCAUGGAGGUUUCUUCUCCAACAAUCAUUGUUGAAAGAGCAGGAUCUUAUGCCUGGGCACACAAAAGUUGGAGAGUUCGAGAAGAGUUUGCACGAACUGUCACCGCAGCAAUUGGACUUUUUGCAGCUACUGAACUUCCACUUCAGAGGGCUAUACUUCCUCCUAUUCUGCAGAUGUUGAAUGAUUCAAAUCCUGGUGUAAGGGAAGCAGCUAUAAUGUGCAUUGAGGAGAUGUAUACGCAGGCAGGGCCUCAAUUCCGUGAUGAACUUCAGAGGCACCAUCUUCCUAUGUCUAUGGUGAAGGAUAUUAAUGCAAGGCUAGAGAGGAUUGAACCUAAGGUUCGUUCCUCAGAUGGACUUACCAGCAAUUUUAGUGCUGUAGAAACAAAGCAUGUGAGCCAUAACCCCAAGAAAAGUAGUCCAAAGGCCAAGAGUUCCUCAAGGGAGGUGUCUCUUUUUGGAGGGGAAAAUGAGGCUACUGAAAAAUCCGUAGACCCUAUUAAAGUUUAUUCAGAGAAGGAACUAAUAAGGGAAAUUGAGAAAAUUGCUUCAACCCUUGUACCAGAAAAAGACUGGUCAGUUCGCAUUGCUGCAAUGCAGAGAAUUGAAGGGCUUGUAUAUGGAGGUGCUACUGACUAUCAAUGUUUCCGGGGACUCUUGAAGCAACUUGUUGGCCCUCUGAGCACACAAUUAUCUGAUCGAAGGUCUAGCAUAGUAAAGCAGGCUUGCCAUCUGUUGUGCUUCUUGUCGAAGGAGCUUUUGGGAGAUUUUGAGGCAUGCGCGGAGAUGUUCAUUCCAGUUCUUUUCAAGCUGGUUGUGAUUACUGUACUUGUAAUUGCAGAGUCAGCAGAUAACUGCAUAAAAACGAUGUUGCGUAAUUGUAAAGUUGCUCGUGUGCUUCCUCGAAUUGCUGAUUGUGCAAAGAAUGACCGUAAUGCAGUACUUCGUGCAAGGUGUUGUGAUUAUGCACUGUUGAUACUAGAGUAUUGGGCUGAUGCACCAGAAAUACAACGAUCAGCGGAUUUGUAUGAAGAUCUAAUAAGGUGUUGUGUGGCAGAUGCAAUGAGCGAGGUCCGAUCGACUGCAAGAAUGUGCUAUAGAAUGUUCUCAAAAACAUGGCCAGAGCGUUCCCGACGAUUAUUUUCACUAUUUGAUCCUGUUAUUCAAAGGUUAAUCAAUGAAGAGGACGGGGGAAUACAUAGGCGUCAUGCUUCUCCUUCUGUUCGUGAUAGGGGUGUGUCAUAUACUCCCCAGCCAUCUGCUGCUUCAAAUUUACCUGGAUAUGGAACUUCUGCUAUUGUUGCAAUGGAUAAAAGUUCAAGUUUAUCCUCAGGCACUUCUCUAUCUUCAGGACUACUUUUGUCACAAGCUAAAUCACUUGGUAAAGGUACUGAACGUAGUCUGGAAAGUGUGUUGCAUGCAAGCAAACAGAAGGUCAGUGCAAUUGAAAGCAUGCUUAGAGGUUUGGAUUUGUCUGAGAAACAUAAUUCAACUCUCCGGUCAUCAAGUCUGGAUCUAGGAGUUGACCCUCCAUCAUCUCGUGAUCCACCAUUCCCUGCUGCUGCCCCAGCUUCUAAUCAUCUUUCAAACUCUUUAAUGACAGAUUCAACUACUUCAAGUAUCAAUAAAGGUAGUAACCGCAAUGGUGGCUUGGUUUUGUCUGAUAUCAUUACACAAAUUCAAGCUUCCAAAGAUUCUGGUAAAUCGUCAUAUCGCGGCAAUCUCUCAGCUGAAGCUAUGCCGACUGUAUCAUCAUACACAAUGAAGAGAGCUUCUGAGAGAGGCCAAGAAAGGGGUUUCAUUGAAGAGAACAAUGACAUUAGGGAGGCUAGGCGAUUUACAAACUCUCAAAUUGAUAGGCAGUAUGACUCACCUCACAGAGAUGGAAACUUUAGGGACUCGCAUAAUAAUUACAUCCCCAAUUUUCAAAGGCCGCUCUUAAGAAAGAAUGUGACUGGAAGGAUGUCUGCAGGUAGGAGGAGAAGUUUUGAUGAUAGCCAGCUCUCAAUGGGGGAAAUGUCCAAUUAUGUAGAAGGUCCCACAUCUCUAAAUGAUGCACUGAGUGAGGGACUAAGUCCAUCUUCUGACUGGAAUGCUAGGGUUGCCGCGUUCAAUUAUCUCCGGUCUUUGCUGCAGCAAGGUCCAAAAGGCAUUCAAGAAGUGAUUCAGAAUUUUGAGAAAGUGAUGAAGUUGUUUUUCCAACACUUGGAUGAUCCCCACCAUAAAGUUGCACAAGCAGCUCUUUCAACACUUGCAGAUAUUAUUCCAUCUUGCCGUAAGCCCUUCGAAAGUUACAUGGAAAGGAUCUUACCCCAUGUUUUCUCACGGUUAAUUGACCCAAAAGAGUUAGUUAGGCAGCCUUGCUCAACAACUUUGGAUCUUGUUAGCAAAACUUACAGUGUAGAUUCCCUCUUGCCUGCUUUGCUACGUUCACUAGAUGAACAGCGGUCACCAAAGGCCAAAUUAGCUGUUAUUGAAUUUGCUAUCAGUUCCUUUAACAAGCAUUCAAUCAACACUGAAGGUUCUGGUAACAGUGGCAUCCUUAAAUUAUGGCUUUCUAAGUUGACACCAUUGGUCCAUGAUAAAAAUACUAAACUAAAGGAGGCAGCCAUUACAUGCAUGAUAUCUGUCUACUCCCACUUUGAUUCAAUAUCAGUCUUGAAUUUUAUUCUUAGUUUGUCAGUUGAAGAACAAAAUUCUUUGAGAAGAGCCUUGAAACAGUAUACUCCUCGCAUUGAAGUGGACCUUAUGAACUUUUUGCAAAACAAGAAAGAGCGACAGCGCCUAAAGUCUUCUUAUGAUCCAUCUGAUGUAGUUGGAACAUCUUCUGAAGAAGGAUAUGUUAGCAUCUCAAAGAAGAGUCACUUCUUUGGGAGGUACUCUGCUGGUUCUGUUGACAGUGAUGGUGGCAGGAAGUGGAGUUCAACCCAAGAAUCAGCCAUUGUCACCGGCAAUGCUGGCCAAACAGCUUCUGAUGAAGCUCGGGAGAAAUUGUAUCAGAAUUUUGAGACUGGUUCCAACAAUGAUGUUCUCAAUUCAAAAUCGAAGGAUCAGUCUUACACAAUCAAUCCUGUGAGUCAGAACUUGGGAUCCUGGACUAGCCCACUGGAUAAUAUUGAUGGUAGAGUAAAUUUGGAAGGCUUGUCUGCUACUCCUUGCAUGGACGUUAAUGGUCUUUUGAGCUUGGACCAUAUAGGGGCUGGUGAAAGCAUUGGGCAUGAUAGUGAAGCUCCCACUGACUUGGACCCUAAUCAUGAAAAACUUAAAGCUUUGAAAGCUAAUUCUACACCAGACGCAGGUCCCAGUAUUCCUCAGAUACUUCACCUGAUUGGCAAUGGAACUGAGGAAAGUCCUACAGCAAGUAAACGUGGUGCGCUUCAACAGUUAAUUGAAGCUUCUCUAGCUAAUGAGCACUCUGUUUGGACCAAGUAUUUUAAUCAGAUUUUGACAGUUGUACUUGAGGUAUUGGAUGAUUUUGAUUCCUCAAUUCGGGAACUCUCUCUUUCAUUGAUCAUUGAAAUGCUUAAGCACCAGAAAGAUGCCAUGGAAGAUUCUGUUGAGAUUGUAAUUGAGAAGCUGCUUCAUGUUACGAAGGAUGUAGUUCCCAAAGUUUCAAAUGAAUCGGAGCACUGCUUGAGUAUUGUUUUGUCCCAGUAUGAUCCAUUCAGAUGUUUAAGUGUUAUUGUCCCUUUAUUGGUAACUGAAGAUGAGAAAACUCUUGUUACGUGUAUUAACUGUUUGACAAAGCUUGUGGGCCGGCUUUCACAAGAUGAACUAAUGGCUCAAUUACCAUCAUUUUUGCCUGCACUUUUUGAAGCGUUCGGAAACCAGAGUGCUGAUGUUCGCAAGACUGUCGUCUUCUGUUUAGUUGAUAUAUAUAUCAUGCUUGGAAAAGCAUUCUUGCCAUACCUGGAGGGGCUCAACAGCACACAGUUACGGUUGGUGACUAUAUAUGCGAAUCGAAUUUCGCAGGCCAGGACAGGCUCGCCGAUAGACACUAACCACGAUUAGCGGAUUGGUUCAUUUAGGUACGAAUUGUGGGUUUGGGUGGUUGUUGCCUUGUUCAUCUGUUGUGUAUUUUGUAUAUUGUGUGAAUGCAUUUUGACUUGUAUUUUUUAAUUUUAUUUCACAUGUUUGUAUUUUCUUAUUCUUUUUCAAAUUCUCAUGCGUGUCUGGUUUGGAGGUAGAGAGUGCAUUUUGUGGGAAACAAUUAGUGUUACAGCGCACAUAUUGUAAUCUAAAAUUUUCCCAAACAGCG